AUGAACAACAACGACUCUGGGGCUUCUAGUGUGAACUCAGGUGGUCGGGAAAGAAGAAGAAAUGCAGGUGUGCCGAAAAGGUGCUGGUGUGGAGAAGCAAUUAUUGCGAAAAUGUCAAAGUCCGAGUCCAAUCCAUACCGGAGAUAUUAUCGAUGUGCAUUUGCCAUUGAGAAAAAGCUUUCUAAUGAUAACCACAUUUUCAAGUGGGUCGAUGAUGCUUUGUUGAGUGAGAUUGAGGCAUUGACAGUAAGAACUGAAAAACUGGAGCAAGUCGUGGCAGAUAUUACGAAUGGGACAAUGGAGGUGGCUAAGAAAAUAUUUGAGGAGCUGCAAAUGAAGCUAGAGAAUGAAAGCGAUCAAAGAGUGGAAGAAGCUGUAGCUGAAGCUAAAAAUGAGAUGAAGAAAAUGAUGUUAGUUAUGUGUUUAGGAUGCAUUGUUGUUGUUGGGUGUACCAAGCUUGUAGGUUGA